GCAAAAGUUUAUAAUUUUACUGUAGGGCAGAAUGUUUUACAAAAAUACUAUUUUUUUAUAAAACAACAAAACAUAACAAUUAAAACAACAGUAGAAUAAAAAAAACAACCGUAAAAACUUAAUACAGUACACAACAUAAAACUUAACUCUGUUUUUCUUGCCCUACUUUACUUAUCCUUAACGAUCAUAAAGGUGUGUAGCUUCCUAGCUAGGCCUCUCUCCUUAUGUGAAAUUUGAAGCUUCAACACAUUUUCCCUAGCUAGUAGGUACUCCUAAUUCAACUCCUUAUACCUUUAUAAAAACCACCCUUUCCAACUCCAAUUUCGCUUCAUCACACUCCUACUCAUAUCUUAAUUAACUAUUACUUUACUACAACAAUAAUAGGAAUGGUACAAGAGAAGAAGAUCGUAGAAGAUGUCUCUGGCUGGCUCAGACUCUACGACGAUGGCUCAGUCGACCGUACAUGGACAGGCCCACCCGAGGUCAAAUUCAUGGUCGACUCCGUUCCACCUCAUGAGCAAUACAUCGACGGAGUAGCCACUAGAGACGUCCUAGCCGACCCGAAUUCGGGUCUUCGAGUCAGAAUCUAUCUUCCAGAGAAGACACCGGAAGAAGAAGCUGCUAAACUACCUCUCUUACUUCACUUCCAUGGCGGCGGCUUUUGCAUAAGCGAAGCCGAUUGGUUCAUGUACUACGCAAUCUACACCCGCUUCGCUCGCCAAGCUCGAGCAAUCGUCGUCUCUGUCUACCUCCGACGAGCUCCGGAGCACCGUCUUCCGGCGGCGGCCGACGACGCUUUCUCCGCGCUCCUCUGGCUCAGCUCCCAGGCAAAAUCUUGCACGGAGCCGUGGCUCGAGGGAGCCGAUUUCAACAGGGUUUUUCUAAUUGGAGACAGCUCCGGUGGGAAUUUAGUUCACGAGACAGCUGUCCGGGCAGGAAAGGAGGAUCUGAGCCCGCUUCGGGUUGCUGGAGCGAUCCCGGUCCACCCGGGAUUUGUCCGGCCCGAGCGGAGCCGUUCGGAGAUGGAGCAACCUGAGUCUCCUUUCCUUACGUUAGACAUGGUGGACAAGUUCAUAGCAUUGGCUUUGCCGGUGGGAUCGACGAAGGAACACCCGAUGACGUGUCCGAUGGGGCCUGCAGCGCCACCUUUGGAGGAGCUGAAGCUUCCACCGAUGCUUCUGUGCCUUGCGGAUAAGGAUCUGAUUCUUGACACUGAGAGAGAGUACUACGAGGCUAUGAAGAAGGCGAAUAAGGAGAUUGAGAUUCUGAUGAGCUUUGGAAUGAGUCACAGCUUCUAUCUCAACAAGAUUGCAGUCGAUAAUGACCCCACCACGGCGGCUCAGACCGACGCCUUCUUCGCUGGGGUCGUAGAGUUCAUCAAGAAGCAUUAGUGAAAGUGAAAGUGAAAUUCUGUUAUAACAUCAUAUAAAUAUAAUUAAUACUUAUUAUUUUUCUUAGUCAAUAAAUUAAAGAAGUGAAAGUGAUAAGUGAAUAGCUUUCAUCAGAAAGAAAUAAAAGAAAAAGAGAAAAGGAAUUGAGUGAAUAACGUAGCGGGCCCUGUUAGUAUAGUAGUACUUCCUUUUUAUCUUUCUAUUGGAAUUGUACGUGUUACACAAACUUAAUAUAUGCACCAAUGGCACGUGUUAUUUUUGGAUAUU